ACCCGAUUCCCGUUACUUCUCCAUUCCUCGAUCGAUCGAAGAGCACCAUCAUCACCAUCAUCGAUGCGAGAUUUCCUAGAGGACCUUGUUCUCAAUCUGGAUCUCCACGUUGAUCCUGGUUCUUGAAUCUCUUGCGGUUCAUCUCUAUUUCUUUGAUCCUUGAAAGCUGCUUCUUCUCGAUGCCUUUCAGCUGCUUAGGGUUCACAGUUCGGAGCUGAUUCUUGGGUUUUUUUUGGGGGGAAUUAUCUCAUUGGUAAUGGCUGCAGCUCCGAACAUGGAGAAGUUCGAGUCUUACUUUGUGAGAGCGGAUUUGGAUCGAGAUGGGAGAAUCAGCGGGCAAGAAGCAGUUGCCUUUUUCCAGGGAUCGAAUUUGCCCAAACAGAUAUUAGCUCAGAUCUGGAUGCAUGCCGAUCAGAAUCGAACUGGUUUCCUUGGACGGACAGAGUUUUACAAUGCAUUAAGGCUUGUGACUGUGGCGCAAAGUGGGCGAGAACUAACGGCAGAUAUCGUGAAGGCAGCACUAUAUGGUCCUGCUGCAGCUAAAAUUCCUGCACCACAGAUAAAUCCUGUCAUAGCGCCUGCAGCUCAGAUGAAUCCUGCUGCCAUUCGGGCACCACAAAUAAAUCCUGUUGUGGCAUCUGCAACACAGAUGAAUCCUGCUAUCAUUUCUGCACCACAGUCCAAGCCUGUGGCUUUACCUUCCACACAAAUGGGUCGGAUUGGCACAGCACCUGCAUCAUCUCAAUCUCCUGCUUUGCAAGGGCCGCAGGCAUUUCCUAGUAUGGGUGCAAACCAACAAUUUUUUUCUACUGAUAACCUUCGGAUGAGACAACCUCAACCUGGAGCGUCUGUGCCCUCAAUGCAGGGGCAAGUGGCUAGUCAAGUCGGAAGCACUGUAGCUGGUCCACUCCUUCCUGGGUCAAACACUGCAAAUCUAUCAACUAAUUGGCUUGGUGGUAUCACUGGCAGUUCAGUUGGGGGGUCUUCACAACUUCAGAUCAGAGGCAAUACUCCCUCAGUAAACCAUGAUGGGUUCAGACCAGAACUAUCUGUCACAACACCUGCAAUGACCCCUAAGGCAACACCACCAGCUCAAACAUCUUCAGUUCCACCAAAACCUCAGGAUUUACUCCAGUCAUCAUUCCAACCAACUUCUAAGGAUUCAAAAGCUUCGGUUUCUUCUGGAAAUGGGUUUCCUUCUGAUUCACUUUUUGGUGGUGAUGGUUUCUCUGCCAUGCCCCAGCCCAAGAAGGAUGUAUCUAAUGCUGUUUUUUCUUCAAUUGGUAUGUCCAACUCAUCAGGUAUUGCCCCAGUGGCUUCUGGAUCUCAAAAUUCCAUUAAAGCAGGACAACUCAAUCCAUUGCAGCAAGCUUCAGCAGCACCAUUUGGUGGUAGUCAGCCACAACAAACUCAAGGAAUAGUUAAGCCAAACCAGUUCAAUAUCAUGCAGAGUACUGCUCUGAAUACAUCAAAUGUUUCAGUUGGACCUCUUAGUUCUGCUUCGAAUGAAUCCCAGCAGGCAUGGCCAAAAAUUACUCAAUCUGACGUACAGAAGUACACUCGAGUUUUUGUGGAGGUAGAUAAAGAUAGAGAUGGAAAAAUUACUGGUGAACAGGCACGCAAUUUGUUCCUGAGUUGGAGGCUUCCUAGAGAAAUUUUGAAGCAGGUGUGGGACUUGUCUGAUCAGGACAAUGACAGCAUGCUUUCCUUGAGGGAGUUUUGCACUGCUCUCUACUUGAUGGAGCGUUAUCGUGAAGGACGCACCCUUCCAUCUACACUUCCAAACAGUCUCAAGUAUGAUGAUACUCUUUUGCGUGCCACUGGCCAACCUUCAUUGUCAUAUGGUGGUCCAACUUUUCAACCAAGCACUGGCUUAUCUCAGCAAGGGAUGCCUGGAUCACAUCCUGUUUUCCCUACUUCUGGAUUGAGGCCGCCUUUACAAAAUUCAGUUUCUUCUCAGAUUGAUGGAAGGCAACAGCCUCACCAAAAUUCAAGCAGGAUAGCAGCAAACCAGCACUUUAAAGAGCAGGGGGCACUGAAUGCAAAUUCCCAGGAGCCAACCGAUGCAGACAAAAAAGUCCCAGAAUUAGAGAAGGAGAUCCUAGAUUCUAAAGAGAAGAUUGAAUUUUACCGCAACAAGAUGCAAGAACUUGUUCUUUACAAAAGUAGGUGUGACAAUAGGCUUAAUGAGAUCACAGAGAGGGCUUCUGCUGAUAAACGUGAGGUUGAAUCUUUGGGGAAAAAAUAUGAGGAGAAGUACAAGCAAGUUGGAGAUGUCGCUUCAAAAUUGACUGUGGAAGAGGCCAGAUAUCGGGACAUUCAGGAGAGAAAAAUGGAGCUGCACAAUGCAAUAAUUAAGGUGGAACAAGGUGGAAGCGCGGAUGGUUUGCUUCAGGUUCGUGCAGAUCGUAUACAAUCUGAUCUAGAGGAGCUAGAGAAAGCUCUGAAUGAACGUUGCAAGCAACAUGGUGUGGAUGUGAAGCCUACGACGACGAUUAAGCUUCCUUUUGGUUGGCAACCUGGUGUACAAGAGGGAGCCAUGGAUUGGGAUGAGGAUUGGGAUAAAUUUGAAGAUGAAGGAUUUACUCUUGAAAAUGAGGUUAAUAGUGAACUGGAAAAUGCUGUGGCGAAUGCAAAACCCAAGUCUCCCGCUGAAUGGGAUGCGGCUACAGAUGAGGUCUCCUCUGUUGCAUCAUCAAGAUAUACUAAUGGCAAGGUUGAUAAACCUUUUAGACCUGGUGAGCCAAUAAUUGAUGAAUCAGUUUACGCUCAGAGUGAAGGAUCGACAUGGAGCCCUCAUGGCAGUCCUGGAAGAAGUGCAUUAGGAAGUCCAUCUCGAGAGUUCCACUCUACAUUUUCCCCACGCACUAAAGAAAGCAGUAGUGAACAUCUUGGCGCCGAAUCCACAGUUUCUGGGGAUAAAUUUUUUGAUGAACAAUCAUGGGGAGCAACUUUUGAUGCUAAUGAUGAUGUGGACUCAGUCUGGGGCUUUAAUUCCACAACCACCAAGGACAUUGACCAUGAGAGGACUGGCCAGAGCUCUUUCUUUGGGUCGCAUGAUUUUGGUCUAAAUCCGAUAAAUGUAUCUUCCCCAAGUGCAAGCAGCGUUGCCGGAAAGGAGAAGAGCUCGAUCUUUGCUGAUUCUGUCCCAAGUACUCCACUAUUCAACUCCAGCUCACCACCUGGCUUCAAUGAAAGACGAGAUGACCAUUCCUUAGACAGUUUUAGCCGCUUCGAUUCUUUCAGUAUGAAUGACAGUGGAUUUUUCUCUCAGAGAGAGACUCUCACAAGGUUUGACUCAAUUAGCAGCACCAGAGAUUCUGAUCACAAUCGAGGUUUUCCAUCAUUCGAUGACGCAGACCCCUUUGGAUCAUCGGGGCCAUUUAAAUCUUCAGCAAGUCACAGUCCAAAGCGAGAUUCCGGCAGCUGGAAUGCGUUCUAGUAGGAAAUUCGCUCUUACAGUGUGUUUUGUUGGCGAUGCGAUUAAUUUCAGAAAAUGUGCCUUCCCGAAGUUAACUGAAAGCUUGGCUCAAGUCUUCGUGCUAAAGUUUGUGCCAUUAAGUGUCCUGCAAACUUGCCAUGGUAAUGUGUUUGUGAUUAUUAUCUUGUGUGCAGAAUUUUCGACUAUUUUUUUUAUUUUAUUGUUCUGAGAGUUUUCUUUUCGGAUUAGUAGAAAUUCAUUGGAAAUUCACGUAUUCUGUAUUUCGUAUCAAUGUAAAAUGGUGGUGAUGAGAGAUUUGGCUGAGUUGUUUUCAUGCCUGUUGAAAUACUAAAAUGUAAAUGUUGAUCCUUUGCUCUUGGUAAGCUAUUGUCAUCUGCAAGGGAUUAUAUCAUUUACAUGAUUCUGUUAAUAUGCCUUUGUGUGGAUUUA